AUGAUUCUUCUCAGUUACUAUGCCAGCCAAAAGAAGACGUUUGAAAUUAACCCCAGGCAUCCUCUGAUCAAGGACAUGCUGAGGCGAGUCAAGGAAAAUGAAGAUGACAAAACAGUUUCAGAUCUUGCAGUUGUCUUGUUUGAAACUGCAACUUUGAGGUCAGGAUAUAUGUUGCCAGACACAAAGGAAUAUGGUGACCGAAUAGAAAGGAUGCUCCGUUUGAGUUUAAACAUUGACCUGGAUGCAAAGGUGGAGGAGGAACCUGAAGAGCCUGAAGAUACAACUGAGGAGGCAGAGCAAGAUGAAGAGGAAGUGGAUGCUGAGGACAGUGAAACACAGAAGGAAUCCACAGAUGUGAAAGAUGAACUGUAAACUGCACUCAACUACUGUCCUGUAUUGGGGGGUUCAGGGGGAAUGUGAAUUAGAUUUUGGUUUUUUCCACUGUAAAAUGUUGAGGGAUGGUUUGGGGUUUAAGGGUGAAGGAGGUUGUUUUUUUUAAGUUCACUUUUUCUAAAAACAUUCCUCAUGAAUGUAAAUUUGUAUUAUUUAACUGACUUGGUGUAAAAUCUUGUCAUGUACAAAAUAAAAUGUUCCCAAACACCAC